AUGGCUCUCGUCAACAAUUACAACUUUCUCGUCGUGUUUUUCGUCACCUUCGGAUCUCUGACCUAUGGAUACAACUCCGCUAUCAUCGGCGCCGUCAUUGGACUGCCUUCGUUCUUCGAGUACUUCAGCAUAGACAUAAAGUCCAACGAAGGCUCUCGGAUCACAGGUGCUACCAAUGGAUUGUUUGCUGGUGGCGGCCUUCUCGGCUGCUUCUUGAUCACGUAUCUGGCUGACAAGAUUGGGCGAAAGAGGUCUAUCCAAGCCACAGCCGUUCUGUGCAUUAUUGCAGGUGCACUGCAAGCAGGAUCAGUCCACAUUGCUAUGUUCCUGGUCGCCCGUUUCAUGAUGGGAGUCGGUGUUGGUAUGGUCAAUGUGAUCACCCCUUUGUACCAGUCGGAGGUGUCUCCAGCAAAAUCAAGGGGCCGCCUGGUUGGAUCCCAUGGCUUUAUCCUCUGCGUUGGUUAUGGGCUUGCCGGCUGGACAGGCUAUGGAUGCUAUUUCUUGAAAAGCCAGGUCGCCCAAUGGCGCCUCUGUUUGGCUCUUCAGAUUGUGCCUCCUCUUUGUCUCUUGCUCGGUUCACCCUGGCUACCUGAGUCUCCCCGCCAUCUCGUCGCAAGAGACCGACAAGAAGAGGGAUUCGCAAUCUUGAAACGGCUCCAUCACGCCCCUGGAGACAUCGACUUCACCAUUGCGAGAGAAGAACUCUACCAAAUUCGACAGCAGUUAGAGCUUGAGAAAAGAGAGGGCUGGCAACGGGGCUACAUCCAAGGGUGGAUAUUGUUGUUUUCCAAAAAAUCUUACCGAAAGAGACUGCUGUUUGGUUUCGUCCUGCUGUAUGGCAGAAAUCUCCGUUGCCUUGUGAUCAACAAUUACCAGGUGUUGCUCUACAACGGUCUUAAUCUGUACGGAGCAAUGCCACUGAUGUUGUAUGCAAUUUGGGACACGUGGGCCGCAUUCAUGAAUUUUGUCAAUGCCAUGUUGCUUGAUAAAGUCGGACGCAUACCCAUCAUGGUCGUUGGACAGUCCGAAGUCGUGACCUUCUUCGGCGGCUCCAUGGACGCCUCCUCCUAUGUCUACAGUUCCGAGAUCUUCCCCACAAGCAUUCGAGCUCAGGGGAGUGGCUUCAGCGUAUCUGGUCUCUUCGCCUUCAGCCUCAUCUACACCAUGUGUGCCCCGGUCGCAUUCAAUACCAUUGGAUGGAAGUACUAUCUGAUAUUCAUCAUCAUUCCCCUGUUCGGUGCCCUCGGGAUGUAUCUCUUCUAUCCAGAAACAAAGGGGCUCGCGCUGGAGGAAAUCGCAGCUAAGUUUGGCGACGAGGUCGCUGUCGACCUGACGAAUCUCUCGGCUGAAGAGCGGCUCCGCCUCGACAAGACCCUCGUCAACAGCGAAAUCAUGGAGCUCGAGCAUAAGGUGUAA